AUGGCGGGGUUGGCUUAUAUUCCUCUUAUCAUCGGCGCCGGAUUGGCAUGGCCGGUCUUUUUCUUGUACAGCAGUUGGUACCAUACCUCGAGACAGAAUGGGAAGCAAUGGGCCCAGUCUGAGGCUAAUCGCCGUCUACCCACCGCCUGCGUUGCAUCUCCUUGCAUGGUAAUCGGCAUGUUCUGGUUGGGAUGGAUCUCUCGAGCGGGAAACUCGCCUAUUUUCGCUUCUGUCGGUGGUGUUUUCAUCGGAUUCGCAUUUCAAAUGAUAUUUAUGAGUAUGUUAAACUACAUAACUGAUAUAUUCCGUGAGGGUUCCGCGUCUGCGCAUGCCGCAGCCGCCUGCCUUCGGUCAAUAUGUGCAAUCCUCGUUCCUCUUGGAGCGCCUUCGAUGUACCAGAACCUCGGGGUUCCUUGGGCAUCGUCGUUAUUAGGGUUUCUAUCCUUAUUAGUAGGGAUAAUUCCGUUUGUUCUCUUAAUCUUUGGGCAUAGAGUUCCUUCUCGUCAAAGAGAUGCUGGUGUUAGCACAUAA